GUGAUUUAUAAUGUAUACACUAUUUGUCUCCUAUAAUUCUUUAAUAUCUAUUUAACAUGAUUUAUAUGUAUAUGCUGAAGUGUGCACGGAUAAAUAAAUAAAUAAAUAAAUAAAUAAAUCCAGACAUGUACCUUAUGAAAACCUACCUGUGGUAUAAAGAAAAGUACAUAUUACUGUUUGAAACUUGGAGGACUUAAAGAUUUUUUUUUUAUAAUUUUAUCAUAUUUUUCUUACUUUGUAAAGUUUGGGUACUAUUUAUAUCAUGGGGAAAAUCUACAGUAUUUUUAUUACUUUCAGUUUGACAUAUUUUACCACAUUAUGUUUGUUGUAGCAUUGAUUUCAUUUUUUUCUUUAUAUGUAUUUGAAUUGUUGUAUCAAAACUGAGGAGUUUAUUAAACCAGAAGUUCACGCAUGUCUCAACCUUGUCGCGUUUACAGAAUCGAGUUAUUUUGACGUUUACAUACGAAUUUCUGCUCUGAUUCACCGAUGAAUCGUCAAAUUUAACUUUCGAAUGCACCAAUGGACAUCUAUAAUAAACCAAUGCAUCAAGAUAAUCAGAUAUAUCAACAAAAAUACGUUGUUUAAGCUUGUUUACAUUUUACCUUAAACAGUUUUGAAUAAAUAUGAACUCUGGUUCAACUGAUAUGAUUAAAAUAUUAUUAUAAAUUGGUGGUUUUAUCUUUACUUUCAUUGCAAUUGGUAAAAGGCAUAAUCUGAAAUCGAUAUCGGCUAUCAGCCAUCAUUCCUGCACGCCUGCUGCAUGCGAAUGGAGCAUUCGACUUUAUUUACGGAAGAAGAUAUUUCUCUCAACGUCAUAGUCGGAUACAGAUGGCAUAGAUUUGUGAAGAUGGUUUCCUGAUUUAAAAAAGGAUUUUUUCUUCUUAAAACGAAAGGAUUACAUGUAUAUUACUUGUGAAGGAAAAUAUGGAUUUUCUGCAAAGUGGAGUACGGACUCUCAAAAGACACAGUAUUUCGAACAUAAGUGAUGCAAUCAGGAACCAUAAACACAGGGAUUCCUUCAGCGGGCUAGUGCGACACCUGUUCUCACCAAGAUCAACAGAUCUUCCGCUGAAAAAUGCUGGCUUUGCCAGCGUGUCGGAGGCUGUUGUUCACUUGUUCCAAAAGAAGAGGCUUCAAGAAAACGAACUAACAACGCUGCAAGAAGCUGUCAGGAACCUAACGACGACUGAAGCGGCUCCUUUGAUCUACGACUACUAUAAGGACAAGCUUGUAAAGAAAGGAAUGUUUAUAUUGAGAGAAAAGAUUAAGCAUGAAACAGGAAAGUCACUGUUAACAAAGUUGGGAGAAGAGUGGAACUAUUUUUACCGAGAAAUCUUGCCAAUGUUGCAAGCACUCUUGUACCCCGUGAAAGCGAAAACGUUUACAAUAAGGGAGGUGACUUUACUGGAGUUUAGAAAUGCUGUUCUCCUCAAGCUACCUAUAAAAGAAGCUUUGCAAGAAUUCAUACAAUCAGAGCCAGUACCACCUGCUAUACAACAGAUGCUGUUAGUGCUGCACGGAGUUCACGAGUAUCCAUACACAGAUAACUCUAUAGAGUUAGAGAAACUAGUUGCCAGAGUGACUUCCCCUCAUUUAGGAAUAAUGGGAUUGUAUGCCGGCGGAAGUGAGCCAGAGAUUAGAAGUAAUUUUAAACCACCACCGAGACUUGCUAUACCUGUGAUACAGAUCUCAGACGACACAACUGAAUCAGAUGAUGAAAUAAUGCCAGUAGACCAAAGAUUAAAGACAGCAGGACUCUCUCCGCAGGCACACCACGUACAUCACAAACGAAAUUCCGGAUUUCUGCACCACCCUCUGUUGGCAGCUGUAAAAGAACAAGACAGGAGCCAGAUCAGGAGAUACAGUAUAGCUACUUCCUGACAUAUUGUCAUCCUGUCACUGUCAUAAAACAAGACAGAAGCAAGAUAAGGAGAUACUGUAUAGCUACUUCCUGACAUAUUGUCAUCCUGUCAAUGUCAUAAAACAAGACAGAGGUCAGAUCAAGAAGAAGUGUUUCCACCUCGUGAAAACAGGCUGCCAACUUGCCGCUGUUACAGAACAAGACAAAGGGUCAGACCAGGAGUUGCAUUAUAAUUACCAUCACCAUCAGGUUUCCAUCUUGAUGCUGUAUUAAUGUAGCAGUGUUCAUUGAGGCAUUCAUGAAGGAUUCAGUGGAAAUGCGUUACCGUUCCAUUCCAUUCAGCUAAAUAACGCGAUCUUCAUAUCGCCAGGGAUUCUGCUCAUUUUGUUUGUGUUGUUCAAAGUCUGUUGCUCUGGACGGGUUAUAAAUGACAACGAACAGGUCUUUUCGGGAAGAAAAUAUUCUUAACAGGGAGAGUUUUUUUUCUCUAAAGCUGUUGAAAACUUACAGAAAGUAUAACAGACAGAAUCUCUUGUGUGCAAUGCACAGCUUCUGGUUUCAAUAACGGACAAGACGAUGUAAUUUAUAUCCAAUGACGGCAGUCUAUAUAUAUACUGUAGGACAAACAUAAAAGCCAUGAGGGAAUGCUUUUAUGGAACUUUGUUUAAACAUAAAUUAUUUUACUUAGACUGCAACUUCAUCAAAGAUGCACAAAACUACAAAAUCGUGCUAUAGCUGGUCAAUCUGAUUGUUAAUGUGUCAUGGAUUUGUUUGAAACUAGUAGUAGAACACGUGAUGUUCACUUCUGUAGCUUUUAGCAGGAUAAAAGACAUAACAAUACACUGACGUAUGAAGUUGUACAAACUAUCACAUAGCAAUGUCUUCUCCAAUUUGUGAUUCAAUAAAUUAUCACUAAGA